CAUCGAGCUGCUCAUGAAUAGCUUUGAUGGUUCGACGAGACCUCCAUUGCACAACGGGGUGUCAAGACGAAUUGACUUUCCUUCGGGGACGUCAUCGGGGGAAUUUUUGAUUGCUAUCUCCCUCUGGAGAACCUCUUUUCAUUGAGCGCUUGGCUUCGUGCUGGGUCUUGAAGAUGAGAACGCAACAACGGAGUGGAGCUAGGGGUGACAUCACUUCGAUAUUGACAAAGUCUCAACAGCGCGCAUGUCGCGAAGGCUUGGUGAGGUUCUUACUGUGCUGUUGCCUGCGAGCUCGACCCGGUUGCGCUCGUCGCGCUCGGAGCCAAGCCAGAAUCUUGAAGCUUAGAAAAUACGAGUUCACGAUUGACUCAUCACCUUCAGACCUUCGCCACCACAUCAAUAGCUAGACGGCUUUGAUGUCCACGAUCCUCUGGCCUGUUCUGCCUACCAUGUAUCUGUUCCUCUCGAAGAUCAUUCUGCAUCUGCACAACGCAAAUGGCGUCCCCUGAAACCCCUCCCAAGUCGCUCGCUUUCGUACACAACACCGAUCUGCCUCAUCCUCUGGGCGUUCUCAGCACCGCUAUCUCUGCAUGGAUCGAGCGCGUCUGUAUCAGACCUAAUAUCCUAACUAAUUACAACCUCGUCCCUUUCGACCUCGCCGAUUACGAUCUCGAACCUCUGAAUCCAUCGAACGAGCUUCAUGGCAAAAUACACGACACCUCCACAUCGACUCCCAAAAAGUCCCUCGCAUGUUGGCAAGAAGAAAUAACCAAGCAUUCAGCAUUCAUAUUACUAUUUCCUUAUCACACCUGGUCGCACUGCACGCCUCUGAAGAAUGCUCUCUCUCCGCCUCUCUACCCUCAUCCCCUUCGAAAACCGAUCCUUCUCAUCGGUUUCGGCAGAGAAGAGCCCUCCAAUACUCGCACAUGGAAACGCAAAUCCUUUCCCAUGAUGAAAGAUUUCUUUCGGGAACAAGGAUUGAAAGUCAUUGACGUAGAAAUCGAACAGUGGAUUGAAGGAAAGAUGCAACUGGGAGUUGUGGAUCCCGAGUUUACUAUAUACGCUGAUUAUUGGGAGGACUGGAUUACGGGAGGUACGAAUGCGUGGCUGGGUGGGCAGCAGGUCGAGGCUUUUGAGUCGAGGGGUUGGAAUAGGUGUCAGGAGGGGGUGAUGAAGAUGGUUGAUGUGCUUGAAGGGAGGGCGAAGACAAGGAAAGGACGAGAGCCUUGGUACAUCAUGGGCAGCUUAGGGCGACUUGAAUGACGCCCUUCCGCAGCUCGAUGAUCGAUCUACCUAGCGCGAAGUAUAGUCUACGGCUACGAAAUAGCGACACCUCAUACCUACAACUUCUUUGCCUUGGGUCUGCGGUGGGAUGUAUUGCAGAUGAUCUGCGAAGACUCUCUACAUGGCCAUGCGAUUGGCCUCUGAUCCAAGUACGGACCCCUGGCUUCUGGCUUGAUUUCACUACGCUCUAUAAUCACAACAAGGACAGUCAUCCGGUAUGCUUGCGCUGAGGAAGCACCGCCAGCAUCAUCUCUAGGGGAUUGGUUAACUAGCUCGGCCAUCCUUGAGACAGCGGAUUCCUAGGUAGAUCCUUGAAUGGCAUGGAGUUGUCCUACUUUCGAGAA